AUGGCAUUCCGGUCCCAAUUUAGAGUCACCGAAUAUCCCCACAGCGCCAAGUCUGGACAGGAACCACGCUCUCGGCUCCCGGCUCUGUCGCUAAGCGGAGGCCGGCCGGUCCAGGAGAGCCCGGAGCUGGUACGGAGUCGGCACGCCAGUCCCCCCGAAGUCGGUCUGGACGGCCGCUGGCAGGGCAGCAGGGAGACCGAAAAAUAA